UAGCUGACAAGGGAACCGGCUGUUGCACUAUAGAGGCAUCAUAUCCGUUCCUCAGAUUCUUGUGGUAAUGGUAUUCCAUUAAAUUUUAAAUGGUCUUCUGUACACAGUAAGCGUUCAUGGCUGAAGACUGCUGCUGAGCUGGAUUUCUCCAUUUGUCUGUGCUCUGGAUUUGGAUUCUGCCUCUCCGCCACCUUUUACACUCACCUAUGACCUUCAGCUCCAGAGAUGGACUGUUCAGAGGCGUGGAAGUGGACUAGUACAGACACUUUGGGGAUUGCAUACUCACUGCACAUUGUGAGAGAUCAGGGUGGCUCUUCCAUCUGUAGGAUGAGAAUCCUGAGGAGCUUCCAAAGUUCCAGCAGCUGGAGGAUAAUGGCUAUGAUGAGGUCCUCAUUACAGAAAUUGAUGUUCUUUCUGCACAGAGUCCAAAGGGUUGCUUUCACAUCACCAAGAUAUCAGAAACUGUGUAAGGAUAUUCAGGCGGAGAUUGAUGCCCACAGUGAUCCCUACAGAGCGGGCUCCAGAGACCAAUCACAGGCUGUCAUGGCAAUCGGCCAUGAUGAGAAUAUGGACCAAAACUGUCGGACCACUGCCUUUCCCAACAGGGAGCGUGUGGAGCUUCACAGUGAGAGGUGGGCUGGGCUGAUAGCUCUGCUGGAGGAGCUCUGGUUCUGGGUGAAGAUGAAGGAUGAGGAGCUGACCAGCCAAAGUCCCAUUGGCGAGGAUGUUCAUACUUUACUGCAGCAACAAGGCUACUGUAUGGCUCUGCAGAGCGAGCUGACCAGUAGAAGACAGGAUUUUGACCACACACUGAAGCAGGUGUGCUUGUCUUUGGCUCUACAGCCUGUGGAUUCUCUGAGUGAAGUCAGCAUGGAAUCAGCAGCAGGGCAUGCUGUGCCAGAGAGGAUAAUGUGGCUGGCCCGAGUCAUGCAGGAUCAGGCAGUGGAGGUCCAACAGCACUGGGAACAGUUCCGUGCUCAUGCGGCCAGUUGGCAGCAGCAGGUCAGCUGGGCACUGGGGAAGCUCCAGGACUCCAUGCAUCAAGAGGAGUUAAGCUUGACAGAGAUGGAUAGUAAUGGGCAAGGCUGGCACCCAGAUGGACGCACUUUGGUCAACUGUAUGCUGGAUAAGAGCUUUAUUGAUGGGACAGUAGGACACCACCUGAGAGCGACGGAUGUCAACGCCAGUUUGGUUCCACCUCCUGACAUUCAGCUGACUCCGGUUUCAUCAGCACCACCUCACAGCCUCGGUACACAAAUAAACGUCUCAGAGUGAUUCAGACGUUAACAUGGGCUGCAUGGACAAUAAGUCAGCCGGACAUUAAGUUUGUGUCCUUGUCCUGCCUUUUGAUGAGUAUGAGUAUGUGACUACACACACACAUGGGAUCCGCUGGACCACAAUACUGACCUUCUUUAUUGAUCUGGGCCGAUGGAGGACAUUGAU